AUGAAACCAAUAGGCCAACCUCCUCGUUAAAAUUAAUAUAGGACAAAUUCUAGAGAGGCUAGACUUAAUUUUGCUCAACAAGCAGAAAUGAAUCUUCGUGGAGAUUUUAAACUUUAAGCACCUUUAGAACCCUAAAGACCCCCCAUAUAAAGAAGCAAUAGUUAUAGUCGAAACAAUCCCAAUCGUCCUGCUACUCAAGAGGAAAUACGAAAUGCAUUAACUUUAUUAAAAGCUAAACGAGAUAGAGAUAGAAAAUAUACUCAAUCUACAUAGGAUAUACAAAAUCAUAAUGAUUUUUAUUAAGCACCUAAUUUAAUAAAAGCAUAAAGUUAUUAACCUCAAACAAUAUCAUAUGAAGAGAUAGUAGCUAAAGAGGAUAAAAAACCUAUAGAGAUUAAUGAAUAUGAAGAUGAUGAUGAAGAAUUAAUUGAAUGUCCUGAAGGUUGUGGAAGGAAAUUUAAGAGAUCUGCUUUAUAAAAACAUAUUAAAAUUUGCAAGAAAGUAUUUUAAGAAAAAAGAAAAGCAUUUGAUACGAAAGAGCAUAGGAUAAUCAAUCAAGAUCAUGCUAAAUUAUUAUAAAAAUAAGAAACUGAAGAAUAGAUUUGUAAUAUUUUGCAUAUAUUGAAGAGUAAUAACAAUAAUCAAAAAAAAAAUAAACUUAAACUAAAAUUGAUGAUAGACAAAUACAAGGUUAAAAAAAGCCAAAGUGGAAAUUGUAAUCCGAAUAAUUCAGAGCUGCAAUGAAAUUAAAUAAAGGUGUGACUCUUACUCAAUAGGAAUAAGUACAUGAAUCACUAAGUCUAGGUUGCCAUCGAAGAAGCAGAUGACAGAGUUUAGUGUGAACAUUGCGGGAGAAAAUUUAAUGAAUAAACAGCCUUAAAACACAUUCCUUCUUGUAAAGAAAAAGCCAUGAUUAAUUAAAUGAAAAAGAAAUCGUAAUAAAUAUUACCACCCCAAUAAAAUACCAUUAAAUCUUAAUUUAAUGGAACUAAUAACUUUCCUAAAUAAUAAUAAUAACCCCAAUAAUAAAUCAAUAACAAUAGAAAUAACAUAAAUUUGAAUGGUACAAAUAACACAUUCACAAAUACUUAAACAGCUUCAAGAAGGCCUCCUCCUCCUUCUUCUUCAAAAAAAUAUUGA